AUGGCGGGGGGUCGAAGCUUCCUGCAGGAGCUGGCCGAGCUCAACAACACGCGGCCAGCAGACGUGGACCCUGAAAACGCCACGCUCGAUGCAGCUGACCCUUGGCAGGGCGUCAAGGGUUCUCGUCGUCAGCCUCAUCUGGGCGAGGACCCGCGCUAUCGUGGUCGCGCCGUGUCGCGCCGAGAUAUCCUUGAGCAAGAGGAUGAAGAUGACGAAGAAGACGAGGAUGACAACGAAAGUGUUGGCGCCUUCGAGGACGACGAGGACGAGGACGUGGGUGAGAUGGUAGACCAAGAUGACGAGAUGGACGACGAUGAAGAUGAUGAUGAAGAUGGUGAUGAUGACGAUGAGGAGAGUGGGGAUGACGGCAACGUCAGUAUGUUCUCCCGUGGCAAUGCGUCGGGCAACGAUGAUGACCAGCUGCAGCGAGAGCUCAAACAACUGGCCCAAGAAGAGGCAGCCGUAGCCCAGUCGCUGACAUCAGAUACCGCCGCACAGCGCAAGAAGGGCGAACACGCGCGCAAUCAAUUGGCGCUCUGGGAUGCAGCCCUCGAGGCACGCAUUCGCAUUCAGCCUGCCUUGGCGGCAGCCAACCGACUUCCUCAGCCAGAACGAUUUGACGACCUGAUGGCCGACUUUCAGGAGGAACUGGCUGGUUGCACUGAGGAGGUGAUCAAAUUGGCCGAGGCCAUUGCGCAACUGCAACAGCAGCUGCAACAGCAACACGAAAGCUCCAGUCACCUUGAGCUGCCUUCACCCACCAUUGCCACCACUGAGGGGGCACCCAGUGCCAAGCGCGCCAAAAUGGCUGAUGAGGAGCUCUCCGCAUACAUUUCCGCCGUUGAGGCAGAGUACGGGCCUGUUCGUGAUCAGCUUUUGGAUAAGUGGAGCCGCAAGACCCGCUUGGCCACCGGACGUGGUGCUAAGCAGUUCAAGGCGCUCGAUCGCGGCCUUUUGCAACAAAUCAGCGAUGUGGCCGAAGACAUGCCACGUUUGAUCGCUCGGACUCGUGUCAAGCGCUUCCAAGAAGACAUUCUUGGUUUUACCCCACCAGAGCAGCUCACCCUCAACACUGAUGGGCCCGUGCAAUGCCAACAGGAUUUGUCGGCGGCUCGUGGCGCGCUGGGUGACGACGAUUCAGGCGAGGAAGAUCCAGAUCUGCCCCGCGAUGCCCUGGUGAAUCGCCGGACUGUGCAACCGGCCGACACGGUGGCCGACAUCUUUGAUGACGUUGACUUUUAUCACGAGCAACUGCGCGAGCUGAUUGAGCGUCGCACAAAGCUGGACAGCAUGGACCCCAUUGAAAUGGGUCGCCAUUACGUGCAGAUUGACAAACUGCGUGCCAAAACGAAGCGCCUCGUGGAUACCAAAGCCAGCAAAGGUCGUAAGGUCCGCUACGACGUACAGCCCAAGCUCGUCAACUUAAUGGCACCCAAUGAGACGGCAUACGAAGCCAGUGACGCAGCUCGCGAUACAUUGUUUGCCUCCCUUUUCGGCAAGUAAGAAAACGCAACAUUUGGACAAUUUUCAAAGAAAAAUAUUACCCAGGCUGGCUCGAGACUAUACCGCAUCGGCCGAGUGAACAACAGCGGUCGAGGCUUAAUGCUUCAAGCAACUUGAAUUGACAUGUGAACACAC